GAUUUUCUAAAUUUUAUUGCAGCACCUUCGCAUCUAACUUUCCAUUAUGCACUGGACUGUUUUGGUCGUUUCCAAUUUGAUUAUGUCACACCAAGCCCCUAUAUGUAAAACCAGAACCAAAACAGGAGCAGCGCGUUUCAGUUUGAAUAAAACAGAGAACUGGUAUCCAUCCUUCCUCUGUAAUUGGUCACAACGCCAACCCCCCCUCCUCACAUAUGAGCCUGGCCCAAUAUGAGUCUGACUUCGCUGCAGUCGGCGGCGCAGCUCAGUCUGCCGCUUCUCCGCGUCCAAAACGCGCAUCCACGUUGCUGCGGACAGACUGAGUGAUGGUUUACAUUUUAUCCAACGCGGUUUUACCGACGGGCGCUGCUUUGAUACAAAUGUAGCCCGAAUCAAUUUUCCUUCAGCGGCUGUUGUGAGAUGUUCUGCGUUUGCCAUGGCAAGAGGUCUGUUUCCAUGGGGGUUCUUGCGAAAGCCUCUGUACAUCCAGGCUAGAUUCUCCUACCAACACAUGAAGUACCUCUUCUUUUCCUGGCUGGCAGUGUUCGUGGGGAGCUGGAUAGUGUACGUGGAGUACUCCUCCUACACAGAGCUGUGCCGAGGGCACGACUGCAAAAACUCAAUAUGUGACAAGUACAGAAAGGGAGUCAUUGACGGGUCGGCCUGCAGCAGCCUGUGUGAGAAAGAGACACUUUACCUGGGAAAGUGCUUCACCGCGAAACCCAACAGCCAGGUCAGUCCCAAAACACACUCCCACCCAGUCUGCUUGGUGUCAAUCCAGCUCAGGCCUACCCCUUGUGUGUUCCAGGUUUACUCUGGGAGCUGGGGAGACUUAGAGGGGGUCAUUAAGUGCCAGAUGGAGGAGGUUCGGCGUUACGAUUUGGGAGGCGAGAUGGAGCCAAAGAAGGAGGCGUCGGCGGCCUUCAGCAAGCCCACCAAGGGGACCUCUGUGGAGAAGUUCAGGGAGAUGAUCCACAACCACCUAAAGGUCAGGACUGCUCCAUUAAACACAAAACAGUCGGUAUUCAGAGCCUUAUUUCGCCUCGAGACCUUUAUCGUUUCUUUACAGGCCAAAGUGGGGGAUCGGGCAAACCUCGCAGACCUGGCAACCCAAGUAUUAUCCAUAGCAGAUGCCAAUAAAGACGGCCACAUCUCACUACCAGAAGCCCGCUCCACGUGGGCUCUGCUGCAGCUCAACGAGUUCCUGUUAGCGUUAGUCCUGCAAGACAGAGAGCACACACCCAAGUUACUGGGCUUCUGCGGAGACCUGUACGUGAUGGAGAAGGUGCCAUACUCCCCCUUGUACGGGAUUAGUCUACCCUGGAUCAUGGAGGUGUGGAUUCCCGCCGGUCUGCGCCGGAGCAUGGACCAAUGGUUCACCCCGUCCUGGCCACACAAGGCCAAGAUCGCCAUCGGACUGCUGGAGCUGGUCGAGGACAUUUUUCACGGCACCUUCGGCAGCUUCAUAAUGUGCGACGUCAGCGCCGCCAGCUUCGGCUACAACGACCGCCACGACCUGAAGGUGAUGGACGCGCGCUACAUCGUUCCCGAAGCCAUCUUCCAGGAAGGAAUCAGGCAGCAGCGCUGCGACGUGGACGAGGAUUGCCUCUACGGGUCCGACUGCCUCACUUCCUGCGACCUCACCAAGCAUCGCUGCACGCCCGAGGUCGCCAGGCCGAACUUAGCCAAAGCCUGCGAAGCGCUCAAAGAUUACAUUCUGAGGGGAGCACCGUCCGACGUGAGAGAGGAGCUCGAGAAGCAGCUGUACGCUUGCAUCGCACUGAAAGGUUCAGCAGAACAGAUGGAAAUUGAGCAUUCACUAAUUCUGAACAACCUGAAGACUUUGCUCUGGAAGAAAAUCUCUCACACGAAAGACUCCUAAUAAACCAGCACAACAAACUGGCACAAAGACUGAGUCGCACCGUUUCCUAGUAAAACUGACAUGGAAAUAUAUCCCACUUCCAUAUAACAAUGAUGUAUUUUUAGUUCUACAGCUGUCAGAAUGUUAUUUUAAUUUUUAAAUUAUAUAGGUCAAUUUACAUGUAGGUCACAGUAACAAACCAAGGUUUUUUUGAAAGCAGUUAAUAAAUUUAAAUCAAGAACCUACA